AUGCUCUUCAUUGACUACAGCUCAGAAUUCAGCACCAUGAUCCCCUCCAAGCUGGUGAUGGAGCAGAAGCCCCUCCCCCUGACAGGUGGGGAGGAGGCAGAGUACCUGUUGGCCCUGAAGCAGGACUUCAGAGGAGCCAUGAAGCGUCUGCCAUGUUUUCUCCAGCCCAUGGUGGCACAGAAAGAUGUGGAGCGGUACUCAGAUAAAUAUCACCUGGGCGAACAGAGCGACAUCCUGAACAACUGGAUUAUUGACUGGAAGAGAUUUCCCCAAGAGUUGCGAGUUCAUGUCAGGAGACCACACAAGGAUGGUGUGUUGAUCAGCUCGGUGCGUUCCAGACAGAAGAAGAAGAUAAAGAAGGGAGGAGAGAAGGAGCAGGUGCUCCUGAAACUGGAAACCCUGGAGAAGGAGGAGGAUCAGGAACGCUCAGAGGAAGAGGGAGAGGAGAAGAAGAAGCAGGAUGAAGAGGAAGUCGAGGCAGUCAAGGAUUACGAUGAGGAAGAGUUUGAAGAGGAGACGGACUACAUCAUGUCCUACUUUGAUAAUGGCGAGGACUUCGGAGGAGACAGCGACGACGACAUGGAUGAGGCUAUUUACUGACGAUGAACACUUUCUUCGAAAAUGAAGUAAAGUGGGUGUACAGCCGAUGAUGAAUCUGUCCUGUGUGGUUCUGAAAGACGGGACUCUUUUGGACCAUCAGCCUGGUUGUGAUUGAGCAGGUGGACCAGUGAAA